UUCCCUGGCCAUCACAUACAAUAUCCAUGGCUAAAAUGAGCAUUAAUAUUCUCAUUACAAUCUAUGUUCAGUUCUUGAUUUUCACGGUAGGUUCAUCUCUACCGGAAGAUCCCAUCAAAUGCACCAUUAACAACACCAUGAACUGCACAAUCACCAACUCCUACGGGACCUUCCCGGACCGCGGGGUUUGCCGCGCCGCCAAGGCCGUGUACCCGAAGACCGAGGCGGAACUGUUGUCCAUAAUAGCCGGCGCGACCAAGCAGAAACGGAAAAUGAAAGCUGCGACUCGAUACUCGCACAGUAUCCCCAAGCUGGCGUGCCCGGAGGGGGACGACGGUCUGCUCAUAAGCACCAAGUAUCUUAACCGGACGUUGGAGGUGAACGCUUCCAGCAUGACAAUGACGGUGGAGAGCGGAGUGAGUCUCCGGCAGGUGAUCGAGGAGGCGGCUAAAGCGGGGCUGGCGCUGCCUUACUCGCCGUACUGGUGGGGGUUGACGGUAGGUGGGCUUAUGGGUACGGGGUCGCAUGGGAGCAGUUUGUGGGGAGUUGGGAGCUCCGUGCAUGAUCAUGUGAUUCACAUCCGGAUUGUCACGCCGGCCACCGAGAAAGAGGGAUACGCCACCAUUCGAACACUCAAACAGGGAAACUCCGACAUUAAAGCAGCCAGGGUUUCUCUUGGAGUCCUUGGAGUUAUUUCGCAGGUUACUUUCAAACUACAACCAAUGUUCAAACGGUCCAUAUCCUUUGUGGUGAAGAAUGAUCGAGACUUGGGAAAAGAAGCAACUAAAUUUGGAUUCCAACACGAAUUUGCAGAUAUGAAAUGGCUUCCCAGGGACCGCCAUGUUGUGUAUCGUGUUGAUGACCGCGUCUCUACCAACACCUCAGGCAACGGCCUUUUUGAUUUCUUUGGGCUUCGAGCCGUUGGAACGGACUGCCUGAAUGCUUUAAGGGAGAAAGAGGAACAUCAGGAAUCAAUUGGUGAUGCCGAUGAGAAAUGUAGUAAUCAAUGGUUGAUAAAUGUUUGGAUGGUGUGGUUUUUAUCAUAUGGACUCACAAACGACGGUGUUAAAUUUAGUGGUUACCCGGUUAUCGGAUACCAAAACCACAUGCAAUCGUCUGGUACUUGCUUGGACAGCCUCAAUGAUAAUCUAACCUGCCCAUGGGACCCUCGAGUGAAUGGAUUGUUUUUUCACCAAACAACAUUUAGCAUCAGCCUAACCAAGGUGAAGAGUUUCAUAGAAGAUGUGCAAAAGCUGGUGGAUUUGGAACCCAAAUCCCUCUGCGUUCUAGGCCUCUACGAUGGCAUCCUCAUGAGAUACGUCAAAGCCUCCACAGCCUACUUAGGGAAACAAGAAGACUCCAUAGACUUUGACAUCACUUACUACCGAAGCAAGGACCCUAUGGUUCCCAGGCUCUACGAAGACAUUCUUGAAGAGAUAGAGCAGAUGGCAAUGUUCAAAUAUGGGGCGUUGCCGCACUGGGGAAAGAACAGAAAUGUGGCCUUUCAAGGGGCAAUCCGCAAGUAUAAAAGCGCCGGGGAGUUUUUGAAGGUUAAGAAAAAGUUUGAUCCUUUGGGGUUGUUUUCUAGUGAAUGGAGUGACCAAAUUCUGGGCCUCAAAACGGGGCUUAGCAUUGUCAAGGAUGGGUGUGCCUUGGAAGGCUUGUGCAUUUGCUCACAAGAUAAUCAUUGUGCUCCAAACAAAGGCUAUUUUUGUAGAGCAGGAAAAGUUUACAAGGAUGCAAAGGUCUGUGUGAAGAUUAAUUAGCAACAACUAGGAUAGAUCUCCUUUUAGAGAGUUUAUGGUUUAUUUUAAGCUAUUGAUAAACUAUAAGUUAUAUUUGGUAAUGUUUUAAAAAUAAGUUAGUAGAUUAAAAUAAUAGCUU